AUGAACGACGAAGACUCGAAUGCGUUGAUGGAUCUGACGAACGGCGGCGGCGCGUCUGGGGACUCCAAGGGGAGAAAGCGACGGAGACCGUGGCGCGAGCGUGAGAGGGUCGGGGGGCUAUCAAGUGUAUAUGGAUUGAGGUAUCGAUUGCAAGCUCCGUCAGACGCGCUGUUUCGUCCUAGAGUUGACGAGGAGGAAGAAGUGGAGUAUGAGGAGAUGGUGAAGCGGACGGUGGUGUUCGGCCCUGUUGGGCAGGGACGAACUCGCAACAACAUUCAUCUAGCCAAUCAUGCACAAAUUCCUAUCAACCCUCGCAACACGUCUCCUGACCCUCAACCAGCAAAUAAUCCUGACCAGGAGAGCAACAAACAGAAAACCAAAGUUACAGACUUUGACGACGACAGCUCGGUUCCAUCCUUCAUCCUCGACCGACCAUCUUCUUACGCCUUGCAAAAGCUAGAAGACAUAGAAUACGUCAAACUAUGCUUUACCAAAAUGGGUGACUUAGUUGCACUCAGACCCAUAUCCUCCACUCGAGCCUCUCGGAACGUCAUCCAAGAUGAAAAUCUAACCAUGGCGCAACUUUCAGUAGCUCGCACUGCAUUCCUCGACCAUGCCAAAAAAUUGGCAUGGCCGCGCAGACAUCUUGAUUCUCUCGUCCGGUUCUUCAGCCACAUUGAGAACCACCCUCUGCGCCGUACCCCGCACGGAGAAGAAGCAUUGUUAGCUUAUCAAGCUCAAGUCAGAAGAGAAUGGCACGACUGA